UCUUCUCAUUUUUGCUUAUACGCUUUCCAUUCUUCAAAGUCUCAUUAUUACUAUUAGAGCCUCCGAGAAGUUCCAAUCUUUUUCGGCUCUUUUCUCCACCGCACUGAAACCCCAUAUUCGUUCGAUCCGGUAGAAGUUUCUGUUCCUCUUUGGUGUGUGAAUCUUCCCAAAAGGCAAAAAAUGGAUAACUCAAAAAACAGGCAUAAUGACAAUUUGGGUGUGAACAAAAUGGGAAAAAACAUUAGGAAGAGCCCAUUACACCAGCCCAAUUAUGGCAACAACAACAACAUUAAUGUGGGUAGACAGCAACAACAGCCUCAGCCUCAGGUUUACAACAUAAGCAAGAAUGAGUUCAGGGAUAUUGUUCAGAAGCUUACAGGGUCACCCUCUCAGGACCCUCAAUCCAAACCUCCUCAGAACAACAAUUCCCCAAAACCUCAAAGCAUGAGGUUGCAGAAAAUUAGGCCUCCUCCUUUGCCACAUGUGAGGCCUCCAUUGCCUGUUCCUUACAAUAACACCACCUUGCCAGCAGCUAGACCUGCUCAGUUUAGACAACAACCAUCACCAAACCCUUUGCCACAAGUUAAUAGUAUAGCUGAGUCACCAAUCUCUGCCUACAUGAGAUACCUUGAACAUUCCAUUACAGAUCCAGCUUCAAGGGGUGCCCAAUUUCAACACCAUCCGGCUUCUUCUGCUUUGCUUCCUAACCCUCCUAUGUUGCCUUUGAAUGGCACAAGUCCUCCUCCUCCUGUGCCUGAUGUUCCUUCCCCACAACCAAAUGGACCUCCUAUUUUUCCUUUACCUUCUCCAAUCUCUCAGUUUCUCUUGCCUUCACCAAAUGGCUACAUGAAUUUCCUCUCCCCUCAGCCUGGUUAUCCACCUCUAUUGUCCCCUGGCAUUCAGUUUCCAUAUCCUCUUACUCCCAAUUUCCCUUUCUCACCCUUGGCACAGUCAGGGAUUUUAGGCCCCGGGCCACAGCCUCCACUUUCUCCAGGGCUGUUUCCUUUGUCUCCUUCAGGCUUUUUCCCCAUCACAAGUCCUAGGUGGUGAGCUCAUCAAUAAAUAGCCUUCUCAUUUUUAACCUCAUGCUUCAUUGGAGAUGAUGCUCCCUUCUAAGUUCUAACUGAACUGAUCUUUGUUCUCACCAAAGCUUUGUUCAUUUGGCAUGUAAAGUACAAGCAAGUUGUAAUUGUAAGGUGUAUUUUUGGCUGCUCAUUGCCUUCUUUUCUUUAUUUUUAUUUUUUGUUUGCUGAUGACCAUAAUGGCUGCAAUCCUUUUACUUUAACAAGUUUUAUAAUUAGGCGUUAUAUUGAGGAUCAGGAACUCAAUUGGAUGGUUGGACAGGAGCUGUAAGAUGGAAGAAUGGGGUGUAACAUGAAAGGAAGUAGGUUUACAGAAAAUAUUUGUUAUGUAGAGUAGGUCAUGUUCUUUUGUAAUAUAAUGGAUUGCAUGUUAAAAUGCAUAGUUAGUCUCAUGUUAUCUUUACUAUGUAAGAUAUUUUAAGUACCAAUCUUAUACUUGUUUCCAAGUGAUUUGCAAUUUUUAAAGAUAUCUGCUUCUUCAGCAUU